AUGCCCAAAGGGCUGAUGGAACGUUUCCUAACUCGACGUUCGAUAGCCGUUCUUGCGGGCAGUUUGGCAAUCGUUAUUACUUAUUGGUACAUAAGACGACAACGAAGUUUGAAGUGUGAAAGUAAAAAUAGAAAAGGAAAUGCGAAGUCAUGCGAGCAGAAGAGUUCUGACGUUCCCACAGUGAGCAAAUCGAUUUCUAAAGAAAAUGUUGCCGCAUCGGCGGUGAAGCAGAAUGACGAUAUUGCGGAUGUGAUGCCGAGUGAUAACGUUGGAGAUGCGGAGCUGAGUUCGAAAUUUGAUGGAAAAUGUGAUGACGACGUAUUAGUCGCCGAGUUGGAUAAUGAUGUGAUAGACUCGAAUGAUAUACCUGUUUUAGGAGUUCCAAGUAAUAGUUUGCGAGAAACAAAGGAAGAUCCGGUUGACAAUUUACCUCACUCAUAUAAAGUUUUUAUCGCUGAUGAAGAAGAAACUUUAGAAUCUUCAUCAGUUUGGAGAGAAAGGGAAGCUAAUGCUGGGAAUAUUUAUAUUACAAGAAGGGGUGAAAAUGCUAUCGACGAGCAAAGUUCUGACUCCAAUAUAAUGGAGUAUAGGCCCCCAAACACACCUAGUAGUGAGCAUGAUCACCUAAGUGGUAAUUCUAGCGGGAUUUUAACUCUAUCAGCUGAAGGUUUCUAG